AUGGGAAAGAAAGAUCCCGAGGCCGAAGCUAUGGCCAAUCACGUCUCCGGACAGUCUAAUAAGCCCAUGUCCCGACCAGCACAUGCUCUGGCUACCGAACAAGUCGUUCAGGAGUUGAGGGCCAACCCAGACGACGGCUUGUCUCCCGAGGACGCCAAAACUCGUCUUGAAGAGUAUGGUCGCAACGAAUUCGGCGCCGAUAAGGGUGUUCAGCCCGUCAAGAUCUUCAUUGGACAGAUUGCCAAUGCAAUGACCUUGGUUUUGAUCCUCGCUAUGGGCGCUUCUUUUGGUAUCAAGUCUUGGAUCGAAGGAGGCGUUGUCGCUGGUGUCAUCUUCCUUAACAUUACUGUCGGAUUCCAUCAAGAGUUCAAGGCCGCAAAGACCAUGGAUUCGCUUCGAUCACUUAGCUCGCCCACUGCUCAGGCCGUACGCGAGGGCCGCAACAUCACCGUCCCCACCGUUGAGAUUGUCCCUGGCGACAUGGUCGAGCUCAAGACUGGUGACACCAUCCCCGCCGACGUUCGCAUCAUCGAAGCUGUCAACUUUGAAACAAACGAAGCCUUGCUCACGGGAGAGUCUCUCCCCAUCCGCAAAGAGGCUGCUCAGACCUUCGAUGAUGAGACUGGACCUGGUGACCGCCUCAAUGUUGCCUACAGCUCUUCAACCGUUACAAAGGGACGUGCCCGUGGUAUCGUCUUCGCUACUGGCAUGUACACCGAAAUUGGUCAGAUUGCUGCCGCCCUCCGGGGCAAGAACUCACGCCGCCGAGAGGUCAAGCGUAAGGAGGACGGCUCCGCCACCUUUGGACGCUACCUUCAAGCAUGGACUUUGACCCUUUCCGAUGCCGUCGGACGCUUCUUGGGCGUCAAUGUUGGGACACCCCUUCAGAGAAAGCUGUCCAAGUUGGCAAUCCUGCUGUUCGGUACCGCUGUCGUGUGCGCCCUAAUCGUGUUAGGAGCAAACAAGUUCAACACAACACAGGAGGUCGUGAUUUACGCCGUUGCUACUGGUCUCGCGAUGAUUCCUGCCUCGCUGGUCGUGGUCUUGACUAUUACCAUGGCUGCUGGAACUAAACGCAUGGUCCAGCGUCACGUUAUUGUUCGCCAGCUGAAGAGUUUGGAGGCCCUUGGUGGUGUUACGAACAUUUGCUCUGACAAGACCGGAACUCUUACCCAAGGGAAGAUGGUUGUCCGCAAGGCCUGGGUUCCCGGAAAGGGUACCUUCUCCGUCAGCAACACUAACGAGCCCUUCAACCCUACGACGGGAGACCUCGGUCACAGCUCUGACCAGCCCAAGGACAUCAACUUCAGUUCCAAGGAAGGUGAUGGCGAGCCCUUCUCCAAUGCCGACGCCGAGAAUUGUUUAAAGGAGAGCACCGUUCUCGCGGACUACUUCAACGUCGCAUCUCUCGCUAACUUGGCCAACGUCCACAAGACCCCCGAGGGAGAGUGGCACGCCCGUGGCGAUCCUACUGAGAUUGCCAUUCAGGUAUUCGCAUCCCGCUUCAACUGGAACAGACUCCGUCUCGCUGGCGACUCCAACCGGUGGCAGCAGAUUGCCGAGUUCCCCUUCGACUCUGAUGUCAAAAAGAUGUCCGUCAUCUUCGAGGACACUCAGACAAAGGCAGUAUCGGGAAACAAGACUUGGCUCUUCACUAAGGGUGCCGUUGAGCGCGUCAUCUCUUCUUGCCCUACGAUCCAGAUGGGCGAUGAUGUCGUCGAGCUUACCAAGGACGUUGAGCAGGAUAUUCUGGCCAAUAUGGAGGCUCUUGCUCGCCUUGGACUUCGUGUCUUGGCUUUUGCGAGCAAGUCUGACAUUGGUACCGUUGAUAACCAUGAUAACCUUGAUCGCGCCAACUUCGAAAAGGACCUCACUUUCCGUGGUCUCAUCGGUCUUUAUGACCCUCCCCGUCCCGAAUCCGGCCCUUCUGUCAAGAAGUUCCACGAGGCAGGUGUCAGCGUUCACAUGCUUACCGGUGAUCAUCCCGAAACUGCUCGUGCUAUCGCCCUCGAGGUCGGUAUUCUGCCCACGCGCAUGAAUGAGAUUUCAGCGAGCGUGGCGAAAACGAUGGUCAUGGCUGCCCACGACUUCGACAAGCUUUCAGACGACGAGAUUGAUAAGCUACCCAACCUCCCGCUAGUGGUCGCUCGCUGUGCCCCUCAGACCAAGGUUCGCAUGAUUGAGGCUCUCCACCGACGUGAGCGCUUUGUGGCCAUGACGGGCGAUGGUGUGAACGAUUCCCCCAGUCUGAAGCGUGCUGACGUCGGUAUCGCCAUGGGUGAGAGCGGCUCUGAUGUCGCCAAGGAGGCGUCCGACAUCAUUCUCACUGACGAUAACUUCGCAUCGAUUCUCAACGCCGUCGAGGAAGGUCGUCGCAUGUUUGAUAACAUCCAGAAAUUUGUUCUGCACGUGUUGGCCUGUAACGUCGCCCAGGCCCUGACUCUUCUCAUCGGCUUGGCCUUCAAGGAUGAUAGCGGACUUUCCGUCUUUCCCCUUGCGCCUGUCGAGGUCAUGUGGAUCAUCAUGAUUACCUCUGGUCUUCCUGACAUGGCUCUCGGGUUCGAAGUCGCUGCCCCGGAUAUCAUGGACCGACCUCCCCAAGACAUGAAAAUCGGCGUCUUCACCUGGGAACUGAUGCUCGACAUGCUUGUCUACGGUGUCUGGACUGCGACGCUCUGCCUUGCGUCUUUCGUGCUCGUCAUGUUUGGCUGGGGCAAUGGACAAUUCGGUAGCAACUGCAACAACACCUACUCGGACGAGUGCGAUACCGUGUUCCGCGCCCGCGCAACCUGCUUCGCGAGUUUGACCUGGUUCGCUCUCUUCCUCGCCUGGGAGAUGGUCAAUAUGCGCCGUUCUUUCUUCCGCAUGCAGCCCAAAAGCACAAAGUACUUCACCCAGUGGUUCUGGGACACCUGGCGCAAUAAGCUUCUCUUCUUUGCUAUCCUUAUUGGUUUCAUCACCAUCUUUCCCCUUACCUACAUUCCCGUGCUCAACACCAAGGUGUUCAAGCACGCACCCAUUACCUGGGAGUGGGGCAUCGUCUUCGUCGGCGCGGUGCUCUUCUUCAUGGGCGUGGAGUCGUGGAAGUGGGCUAAGCGCGUCUACUUCCGUCGCGUGGCGCACAAGACUCACGGCGGCACCAAGGACCUUGAGAGCCGUGUGUUUGGCCACUACUACACCAUUGGCGGCGUUGCGCUCGAUUCCUCGCCUACCCUCGGCAGCCGGACGAUGACGAAUGAGAAGGAGAUGCGGGAGAAGGGCUACGGAUACUCCAGUGGAGGCAGCAGGUGA